CUGGUGGUUGUCUUGGGCUGCGAGAUCGUUCCUGUUGGCAGUGUCACCGUGAAGUGAUGGUGACGAGAACAGAAUGAAUGAAAGCCGAACGGUAAACAAAAAGAUUGGAAUGGGAUUGACAGGCUUUGGAGUGUUCUUUCUCUUCUUUGGAAUGAUCCUCUUCUUUGACAAAGCUCUUUUGGCUAUAGGAAAUGUUUUAUUUGUGGCUGGCUUGGCUUUUGUUAUCGGUUUAGAAAGAACGUUUAGAUUCUUCUUCCAAAAACACAAAAUGAAAGCAACGGGCUUUUUCCUGGGUGGUGUGCUUAUAGUUCUCAUUGGUUGGCCUUUGAUAGGAAUGAUCCUUGAAAUUUAUGGGUUCUUCCUAUUAUUCAGGGGGUUCUUUCCUGUGGUGGUUGGCUUUAUUAGAAGAGUUCCAGUCCUUGGCUAUCUCUUGAAUUUACCUGGUAUAAGCUCGCUUGUAGACAAAGUGGGAGAAAGCAACAACAUGGUAUAAUGACAAGAGGGCAGAAGACUGAUUCUAAACUUACUGUAUUAUUUAUAAAAAUCCUUUUGAAGAAUACUCAGCACAAAGAUUAAGUUGUGUACAAAGGAAAAGCUUGUAACAUUCUUUACAUAACAGUUUAAUUUAAAAUGUAUAGUUGACAAUAUACAUUAGAAAAGAAGCUCAGCAAGUGUGCUUCUAGGAAAAGUAACUCCAGAGUUCAGGAAGUAAACUGAAGAGGUGAAAGUCAUGGAAUAGCCCGUGUUACAACUGUUCAAGACUAUUUUUGUUGUUUUUUGGAAAACACGCUAAAUGCAAGGAACCUUUGUGGAAUUAAUGGUGCCUGUAGUUUACCUCCUUAUUUUGAAGGUGCAGUAGAGCAAACAGGCCUGCAUUUUUAAGGGUGACCCCAACUUAUCCAACCCUCUGCUUGCUACCCUCAGAGUGCAAAAAACAAAAAACUUCUUGUGUAACAAGAGAUUUGUCUUUGCAUGAAAGUUAAGAUGACUAUUCAUCUUUAAGCCUAUUAUGACAAUAAAAGGAAAUCCCUCAUGGUUCUGUUGUAAACAUUUUUGUAAAUAUGUGGCUGAAAUAAAACAUUGUUAUCUUAAUGUUUCAAAGCCAAAUGUAAAUUGAUUGUAUUUGCCUUCCGUUUUGGAAUAUGCAAAAGGUCAAUUUUUAACUUCAAUCUUAAAUGUUGGUUCUGAACAUGCAGAGUUCGACAAGGAACUCUGGAAACUAACUUACACUCCUUCCAGUUUGUUCUCCUUGAGUCAUGUUACACGUGUGCAUCCAGAUGAGAAUGUAGCCCCUUAUCACUAACAUGAAAAUUUUGUGGAAUAUGUUUAAUUCACAAAAAAUGCAUUUGGUUAAGGUGCUGACAUGAACCCUGUCAAAUAUAUCUUAUCAAAAUAUGAACCUUUGUUUUUAAAUCAUUUGGAGCUAAGGUUUCCUUGUUUACCUUGGAACUACAAAUUGAAGAUUUUAUUUUUUACAGUAAUAAAAUGAAAACUUAAAAUUCCGUGUAUGCGAGUCUCUGGGAAGAAAAUUGAUCUAACUGGCUAACUGAAGAUCAAGUGCCAGUCUUGGUAUCUGUUUCAUAACCUGUUUCUUGGGUUAUCUUCAAAUAACUUACAACUUCUGUCAAUCAUAGACUUUUGUCAUCACCUUUGCUGUUACAGAGAUUCUUAGACAACCUGAUUUAUGCGCAAACUUAGAAUAAAUGUCCCCUACUAAUGCAAAGGUCACGUUUCUGCUUCUAUUGAAAUAUUGAACGUCAUACAUUUUCAAUAGAUUUAGUUACGUAGUGUCUUCACCUAACAAGAAGCGAUCAGUAAGUAAAUGGUAUGUGCAGGCUUUGGGGUUUUUUGUUGUUGUUUUAAACUUUCUUCCUUUCCUUCAAAUGUAAUCCUAAAAACUAUCUGAAAUGUGAUGACAGUGUCUCAAGUAACUAUGUAGUCUUACAGGUCUAAUGAAUUUUUUAAUUCCAAACUUAAAAUAGUUAUUUUCCAAACUAACUUUUAAGCUGAGAAGAAUCCUCAUAUACCAACCACUUUGGAAGUUGCUACGAAGUUUACUUGUGUAUGCGAUGAGGUUCUUUGCAGCUAUUAAUAUAGUUGUAACAAUCUACUGUUUCCAACUUCCCCAUUUAAUCUGCUUUCUUCUCAAAUAGGCAUAAAACGAUUCAGUGGAGAAGCAUGUCAUGAUAUUUAUUUAUAAUGAACAGCAUCUGAAAAAUCAGUGUUUUUAUUUUGUAAUAAAAUCAGUUAUAUUUGCCUGAGGGCAUGUGUAUUAUAGCUUGCAGACAGGACUAAAUAUGACUUGUGGCUCCUACCUCAAGAGAUGAACCAAUUUUAAUUGCCCCUAUAGAUCUGUUGUCUGUUAAACGACUGCAGAAUAACACUAUGGCUGUUUAGCAAACUAAUCUUGUUUGCUUUGCUAGAAUGCUAGUCUGUACUAUGGGAAUCAAGUGCUGUUUAAAGCAGACAGUGUUCAUUAUUUACAAUAGAUGCUGGCUAGCUAAAGAUUGUCCUUCUUGUUUUUGGAAAAGUAAUCUAAUGGCAAAGAUGUGUUGCACCACAUGACUAUGGAGUGCUGAUUCAAAGCAAAUUGUUUGGCAAGCUAAAGUACCUUCAUCAACAAGAACUCUGAUCUCUUUCAGAGAUGAUGAAUGUGUUAUUGUAUAUGAUAUUUUAGCCCUUUGAAAUUCUGAGAUGGGGCAGUUCAUCUCACUUCUAUUUAAUUCACUGUUUUAAAAAAAAAAAAAAAGUUAAUUUUUGUCAGAUGUGAACUGUUGUGAAAAGUGUCCAAGGGAACAAAACUGUAUGUUGAAUUUAGCAUAGUCUUUAUCCCUCAAAGUAACAUUGAUUGUGAUUGAGAGAGUUUUGCCAAGCUAAAUAUGGGUGGCAGCAAAGGUCGAAACUACUUAGCCUUAAAGUGUUUCUGUCAUUGCAAGAAUACCUUUAACAGGAACGUUUUCCCUUUUAAAUGUAAUUUAGAAUUGCUGCUUUAAAAAUCAUAAAGAUGAAUCUUAUCCUGAGCAAAUGAAUACUGUAAAUAUACUUGUCAUACCUUGAA